GCUCGACCAAUCAGAAGGCUCCACACUCAACAGUGUUUUACCUAACCUGCAGGAUCUCAGGCUUCCAGUCCUGUCAACAUUUACAUCAGAGAAGUAAACUAAUAAUGAAACAGUGUUUGUCCGUGGUUGAUGCUUCUUCCUCCAUGUCCUCCUCUUUCUUUAUUUAACGGAAGGUGGACUCUUCAAUUAUGGAGUUUUGAAAAAGAGAGUGAGCAUUUUGGGGGGAAAGGGGGCCUUUCCCCUCUAGUUCGAUGGUUGGACUGCUGGUUGAGAAGGUCAGAGGGUUGUUGAAAAAUUUGACUUUUGUAAAUUAUUACAGUAAAUAGAAGAAAAAAUAUAUAUUUUUGCAAAAAUUAAUAUGUAAAACUUUGUAUGAAACGCACAAGGAGUUUUGUAUUUAUUGAAUUCAUGAUGCCAUUGUAUGCUUUAAGCACCUUAGCUGGUGUUCAACUCUCGGUUGAAAUGGUGGACUGAAACGAGUCCUAAAAAGACUCUGGGGUUGCUAGGGUGCAGUGGAACCUCAACACAAGCACAAUUCUAGCACUCCAAACCAUCUCUACCUUUAGUUGACAACAUUUAUUUUCUUCUGGGAGAGCAGCUCUGUUACACAAGAUAGUUUUAUUGACAGUGUUUUUUGUUUACCAUUGCACAUUGUGGUGUUUUGAAGUUUGUUUUAGAUAGUGGGUGGUGGGCUGUUAGAAGAACUUAUUGAUUUCACAAAAAAAAAAAAAAAAAAAAAAGGUUGAGAGUUCAGUUUGAAGACUUGCUGGAGGUCAGGAUGAGUCUGGCACCACUAGACUGUACCCCAAGAUGCCGCUCACAGAAGCAUGCAGACGAGGUGGUUGCUGCACUGACCAGCGGCUCUGAGGGGCAGCUUCGGGCAUUCUUGACUUCAUACUGCCACAAUGCGGCCAGCCUUCGGGAUAACUUUGGUCGCACCGCCCUGCACCUGGCAGCCUCACUGGGAAAGAAGGCCCUGCUGGAGUGGCUGCUGGAGAGUAAAAAUGCUGACCUGAUGGUGAAGGAUAAAGAGUCCUGCUGGACCGCUCUGCAUCGCAGUGCUUUCUAUGGACAAAUCCACUGUCUCAUAUCGCUGGUCAAGCAUGGUGGACUCCUUUCCACCCAAGACAAAGAAGGUCUCACCGUCAUGGACCUUACAAUGAAGGACCGACCAUCACAUGUUGUCUUCAAACACACUGACCCCACAGAAGUAUACACAUGGGGAAACAAUACUAAUUUCAGUCUGGGUCAUGGUAAUCAGGAGAGCCGUAUGCACCCUGAGCUUGUGGAUGUGUUUGCCAGGACUGGAGUUUACAUUAAGCAGGUGGUCCUGUGCAAGUUUCACUCUGUGUUCCUGUCACAGAAAGGUCAGGUCUUCACCUGUGGGCACGGACAGGGAGGACGACUCGGCCAUGGAGAUGAACAGACUUAUCUGGUCCCACGGAUGGUGGAGGGUCUGAUGUCCCACCAUUGCUCCAAGGUGGCAGCAGCUAAAGACCACACAGUGGUGCUUACUGAAGAAGGCUACGUUUACACCUUUGGUCUCAACACCUUUCACCAGCUGGGUCUGGCUCCUCCUCCGGCAUCAGCACAUGUCCCUAAGCAGGUGUUUUCCAAGACGCUGAAAGGCAGAACAGUGAUUGGAGUUGCAGCAGGAAGGUUCCACACAGUGCUGUGGACCAGGGAGGCUGUCUACACAAUGGGGCUCAAUGGAGGCCAGCUGGGUUACCUGCUGGAUCCUAAUGGAGAGAAGUGUGUGACUGCCCCACGCCAGGUAUCAGCCCUGCACCACAAGGAUGUGACCAUAGCGAUGGCAGCAGCCAGUGAUGGAGCAACAGUGGUUGUGACUGAAAAGGGAGACCUCUACCUGUUAGCAGACUACCAGUGCAAGAAAUUGGCUUCAAGGCAGCUGAACAUCAAGAAGGUUUUGGUCAGUGGAGGUAGUCUGGACCAUCGUGUCAUUCCUCAAAUCCUAAAUGAGGGAGGAGGGGAAAAGGUGUCCAUCUUGGCAUUAGAUGAAGCUGGGAGGGUGUUUUGCUGGCGGUCCUGUGGCAGCUCUGUGAGACAGUGUCGGUGGGCGUAUGGGCGUCAGGUUUUCAUGUCAGACAUAGCGCUCAGCAAGAACAGCAUGAUGUUUGUGACUCAGGAGGGGGAGGGCUUCAGUGGCGUGUGGGCUGGAGAGUAUAAGAAGUAUGAGGAGAAGAAAGAGGUCAGUGUGGAGGUUUGUGGGCACUCAGACGCUGGAACGGUCUACGAGCGAAUCCGCCUGGAGAAACUCCCAUAUGUCCACAGAGCCGUCAGCAUCACCAUGGACUCUAAAGGCCGAAAUUUUGGGGUGCUGCAGUCAGACCCCAAAACAAGCUUGUUCGAGAUCCCCAUCGUUUCUCCGUCAUCCUUCUCCCAACACUUCCGUAGCCUUCUGGAUGAGGCAGAUGAAAUGGACAGCAUCCACGACGUGACCCUUCAGGCCGGUGAUCGCACAUUCCCCGCCCACAAAUACAUUCUGUCCAUGAGGUCCGAGUUCUUCCGGAAGCUGUUCAUGUCUGAGAACAGCGAGGUUGAUGGGGAGCUUGACGAAGAAGUGAAGAAGAGUGAAGAUGCUGUUGGCUGCGAUUUAAUCAUUCUGGAGAAGAUCCCAGUUGACAUGCUGGAGUACACCCUGCACUUCAUCUACACUGACUGCUGUGAGCUGCUGGUGCAUGGGGCCCGGCCCAGAGUGUCAGGGGCCUCUAUUGGACAAAAUCAGGACUCAGAGCAGGAGAGGCUUAUCAGCAGCCUGCAGGACUUGGGCCUCAGAGGUCGCUCAGCCCUUGAGGUGUAUCGCUCCCUUCCUUCUGCAGCCAAAGGGGACGGUGACAAGGCGAAGAACAAGUGUGCCAAGCCUGGCAAGAAAGGGAAAGGGGGCAAGGGUGACAAGCCUGGGGCCAACGAGGGAGGGGCCAACCCUGUCAAAGCCUUACAGGGUGUCGCAAAAAAGCUGGGCCUGGGAAGCCUGUCUGCACGACUGGACGGAGUCAAAUAUGAAAAUGGAAAGAUCAACGUUAUUAACAAGAAAACCAGCAACAAACUCAAAUUCUACCAGAAGAAAGGCUCCUAUCUUUGUGACGUCACUCUCAAAUCUGAAGAUGGGAAGGAAUUUCCAUGUCACAAAAGUAUCCUCUGUGCAAGACUUGAAUACUUCAACAGUAUGCUGGGAAACCCCUGGAUUGAGGCCACGUCCUGCACUGCCCUGGAGAUGCCGACUAACUCAGAGAUCCUGCAGGUCAUUCUGGAGUAUAUUUACACAGAUGAAUCCCCAACCAUCAGAGAGUCUCUAAAUGUCGAGUUUGUCUGUAAUGUAUUAGUUGUGGCUGACCAGCUGCUCAUCACACGACUGAAGGAGAUGUGCGAAGUCGUCAUCACUGAGAAUUUGACUCUGAAGAACGCUGCUGAGCUGCUGGAGUUUGCCGCCAUGUACAACGCAGAGCAGCUGAAACUCUCCUGCCUCCAGUUCAUCGUGCUCAACAUGGCCGCCUUGCUCGAGUCAAAAGCGCUGGAUAUUCUUAGUGAUGAAGUGCUCGUGGAGCUUUCUGCAGCCUACAGGAGGAUGAUCCCAGCGAUGCAAAAGAGGGUUAUAACUCCAUAUCCAGGUGCUCCUGACCUCAGUAUGUACGAGGAGGAGGAUUUGGACUCUGCUUUCAGCCCUAAACCCGAAGCAGAGGUGGAUCACUCCUGCAGGGAAAUCCUGUUGAAGAAGGCAAAGAUGAAGGCGAAGAAGAAGCCGAGGCGACGCUCUGACAGCUCGGGGGGCUACACUCUGUCUGAUAUCAUUCAAAGCCCCCCUGCUGCGGUGAUCUCGCCAUGCCUGUUGAAGUCAGGAAAGGCUAACUCAACAGACUCCCUGCAUGAGCUGCUCACAUCUGACUCCGAGGGCAGCUGCAUGGGAGUGGGCAGUCCCAGAGACGUACAGUCCCCUGUCUUCCAUGAUAGAACUGAGGAUGAGAAGACUCUCAGUCAGAGGCCAAAGACGCCACCCAGCACCCCAACCUCCUUGAGAGACAGCCUCCAAACUCCUCCGAACUCUGCUCCAAAAAGCAUCCCCAAGGCCCUUCCCUGUCCAGCUCGUCCACCCCCAGUCUUGGAUCUGAGAACCAUCAUGGACAUGGAGGCCAACUCCCUGCAGACCCUUGGAGCCACUCCUAAAAGCCCCGGAAGUGCCGGUGCCAGCGUUAAGCACUCUCCUAUUCCCGCCAAACUGUCGCAGAAGCAGAGAAAGAUGUUGGCAAUGGCCAGUAAGGAAGCCAGUGUGGAGCCUACUGCUUCCAAAUCAACCUCCACAGUCACCCCAUCCAAAAGCAGUGGGAAGGCUUGGGCAACAUUAGUCCAGUCCCCACCUUCCUCAUGCUCCUUUCGGUCACUGCUGGAGGAGGAGGAGAAGCGCUUAAUCAGUGCGGGACAAACGGGAGCCCAAAGGGGCCAAAGCACCCAGUUGUCCCCUGUCACUCCAGCUCCUGUAGCCAGAAGGGUCACAUUCAAAUGUGCAGAAAGCAAGGAGCCUGAGAGAGCCACUGGGCCCUGGGUGCUCGGGGCAGCGGGCAGCCCUCCCUUCCCUUCCCUGGUGACCUUCGCCUCCAUCGUGGAGGAGGAGAAGCAGCAAGAAGCUGCACUGAUCCGCAGCCGAGAGAAGCCUCUGGCACUCAUCCAGAUUGAAGAGCGAGCAAUCCAAGACCUCAUUUGCCUUUACAAGGCACGUGACAACCCUGAUGAGCUGAUAGUGGUGGAGAGGUCUUCCAAAGGUCCUAUAGCAGCCCCAACCUGGAACAAGCACUGAUGAAAAACAGCACAGCGCCUUCAUAGAUUGAAAACAUGGCUUGCAUUUGUCCCCGUGUGACAUCAUCAGAUCCAUGAGUGUUUGUGGAGUUGCGUCUCAGACUCGUCCUGCCCCAUGUGGGGUUAGUCUGAUGCAGUAGUUUGUCUCUUCAGUGUUCCCUUCAGUUUUAUUUAAUGCUGCUCAACAUUUAGUGUGUAUGGUGUGACAGGGGAGUGAGUGUUUUUCAGUACUGAGAGAAUAUUUUGAUCUUAUGCAUAUACCGUAUGAUAUGAUAGGAAUAAUUUCUAACUUGGUAAAGCAGCGACAGAAAAAGUAACCGACUUUCCUCAAUAUGAAUAGAUAGCUACGGCAAGUCAAAGGUGCCAAAGAAAAUGAAAAGAAUUGGAGAUGUUUAAGCCAAAAAUGGGUCCAAACUACUUAGAGGACUUGUGUGAUGAAGAUCAGUUGAAGCGUCUGAUGUAAUUGAAGUAAAGAAAAAGUGCCAAUCAUCACCUGUGGCAGAGCUUAAGCUUAAGAAGUAAAGUCAGCUGUUUACCAGUUAGUUUCUUUUUGCGGUCCUUUUUUUCUUCUUGAUAAGUGCAUUGUUUGGACCGGUUGCUUCAGCUAAUAUGCAGUGACAUGAUGACUCUACAGGAGUCGGUGAAAAUAUUCAUUUUGGAUAUAAGUUACAAUGAAUGGUAAAUGCUCAAUUGAGCCGAUUGUGUUGCAGUUAUCACUGGUGUGUUUGACAGGAGGUUGUGUGCCUUUAUCACAUAAUGACCACACUGAAACACAUACAGCAGCUAAUAUAUCAUUUUCUCCUCCUUGGUUUGUUCUUUAUUAAUUUGAAUUAAUCUUCCAGUUUGGAAUAAUUGUAAGCUUAGAAGGUACCUCCGAUCUGGACCACGUAAUCUCAUCUUCAGAUGCCAUUUGAUUGUGCGUGUGCGUAUGAGUGAAAUUAAAGUUUGUGAAGAGAAAAUGGCAUGUAAUAAAAUAAGCUGUGCAAUGA